UGUGAAUAGUUGCCUUCAUUUUUCGCUUCCUUCUCCUACUGUUUUUAUUCCUUUUUUACAUCAACUGUUUUGCCGUUUGCUUGACUUGUAUGCUUUUUCAUUGAGUAUUCUUUUCUUUGAUUCUUCAACCCAUAUCAGAUUCCCCCAGAGUUUUCGAUUUUCUUUAUUUCCUUUUUUUUUUUUUUUUUUUUUUUGCACUAGCACUCUCUGUCUUCACCCUACCGCCCACAUGCCUGGUUAUUGAGUUUGUCUGAUCUGGAUCCAAUCGCGAGAAUAUAUUUUUGUUCCUUUAUUUUUUUUGGUUCCCAUCAAAAUUUGGUCUUUUCGAGCGAGCUUCAGCAACACCGACUAGAAGGAGGAGGAGAGGGAGGUGAGUUUCGUUGACUUUCAUUCUUGGGCACCUUGCAAGAUUUAUAUUGGUUUACCCUAUAAGAUUGUAAUUUGAAGUGGUUGUCCUUCUGUUUUGAGCAAGUAUUUGAAAUUAUUGAAUUUUGAGGAAAUAUAUGAAGUGGGGUUGUGUUUAAUUCUGGAAUAUGUAAGUAUUUCAUUACUGGGUAGAUUGCUCUUAGGGAAAGUUGUGAACUUUGAUGAUUGAGUUGGGUUUGAGAGUAUAGUGUAAACUGUGUGGUUGCCUUGAGUACUCCUGAGGCAUGGCAGGGUUUGAGGUUUCGAAAUAUGCCCAUAGCCCUGUGCAUAAGGCUAUAAUCUUGAAAGAUUAUGCGAGUCUCAGGAGGAUAAUUGCAGGCCUGCCAAGGCUUUGUGACCCGGCUGAAAUUCAUUCUGAAUCGACUUCGGUUGCCGAGGAAGCUAAGGUUGAUGCUAUUUCAGCUGUGAUUGACCGUCGUGAUGUUCCUAACCGGGACACGCCUCUUCACUUGGCUGUCAAGCUCGGUGAUGAAUCGGCCACCGAAAUGCUUAUGCUUGCCGGGGCGGAUUGGAGCUUGCAGAAUGAUCAGGGGUGGAGUGCACUGCAGGAGGCAAUUUGUAACAGGGAGGAGGGCGUUGCGAAGAUUAUUGUUAGACACUACCAGCCUUUGGCUUGGGCCAAAUGGUGCAGAAGGUUGCCCCGGUUGAUCGGGACGAUGAGAAGGAUGCGAGAUUUUUACAUGGAAAUCACGUUUAAUUUCGAGAGUUCUGUUAUCCCUUUCAUUUCCAGGAUUGCGCCCUCCGACACUUACAAAAUCUGGAAGAGGGGUGCAAAUUUGAGGGCGGACAUGACUUUGGCUGGUUUCGAUGGCUUUAGAAUUCAGCGUUCUGAUCAGAGCAUUCUCUUCCUCGGUGAUGGCUCUGAAGACGGGAAAUUCCCUCCCGGUUCACUGUGCAUGGUGUCGCACAAAGAUAAGGAAAUUAUGAAUGCAUUGGACGGUGCUGGUGCUCCAGCAACCGAGGCUGAAGUGAAGCAUGAAGUGGAUGCAAUGUCUCAAACAAACAUUUUCAGGCCCGGAAUCGAUGUCACUCAAGCGGUUCUGCUGCCUCAGAUGACAUGGAGGCGGCAAGAAAAAACGGAAAUGGUGGGCCCUUGGAAGGCAAAAGUAUACGAUAUGCACAAUGUGGUUGUGAGCAUUAAAUCAAGAAGAGUUCCAGGAGCUAUGACAGAUGAUGAAUUCUUCAAUUCGUGCAAUGAAAACGAGACCGAGAGUGAGGAUCUUGAUGAGAUAUUGACGGAGGAUGAAAGAAAACAACUUGAGGCUGCUCUUAAGUUGGACUCAACAGACGUAGGCAUCGAGAAUGGUGAUUCAACCAUUGCACAUCGUCAUAGUUGCUAUGAGCAAAGGGAUAUUCACAUCGAGGAGAUAAAUGGGUGUAGAAAUGGCGAGAAUGCCCAGGAGAAGAAAAGAUGGUUUAAUGGCUGGAGGAAACGGGACAAUAAACUUGAAGGAGAUAAAAAGGUUAUCCCACCUAGAAGUUCUAUCAGUGUAGAAGAGAAGGUUAAUGAUUGUGUUGACAGUUCUUCACCCCCUAGUGAAUCAAAGCCAGGAAGGCAUUCUAUGGAUGUUAGCUUGAAGAGGGACGAGCUUCGACGAGGAAGAGACGUGAGAGCUUCUUCAUCUGCCAACGCUGAGAGUUCAAACCGCCGCAAAGAUGGAAGCCGGGAGAGUGAGUAUAAGAAAGGAUUGAGGCCUGUUCUAUGGCUUGCCCCGGAUUUCCCUUUGAGAACUGAAGAGCUGUUGCCACUUCUCGACAUUCUUGCUAACAAAGUUAAGGCUAUCCGGAGACUGAGAGAAUUGCUCACAACAAAGCUUCCAAAAGGAACCUUUCCGGUUAAGGUUGCUAUUCCAGUGGUUCCUACGAUCAGAGUACUGGUUACUUUCACAAAGUUUGAAGAAUUGCAGCCACUGGACGAGUUUCAAACUCCUCCAUCAAGUCCCACCGCUCCAGGCAUGGAAAGCCCGACUGUGGCCCAGCCAUCCACGUCUUGGUUUCAGUGGAUAAAAGCCCCGUAUCAGCGUCCUAGUAGUUCAUCCACCGGGAGUUCGAGCUGCAAGAUUGAGAAUAUUCAAGAUCCCUUUGCAGUCCCUCCGGAAUACACGUGGAUCACAGCAGAAGCAAAGAAAAAGAAACUGCAGGAGAAGUUGAAGAAAGGGAAGAGCAAGAAACAGUAGUAGGCGUUUAACCACCGAUUCACCCCUGAUCAAAGGGUGAAGGAUUUUAGUUUGGUAAAAGGAAUUUGAUGAUGUAUACUGGCAGAGAGGUGUUGCUUCUCCUCCCUCCCUACCAUUCAAAUUGCUGCAUCUUUUUCUUAUCAAAAAAAAAAAAAAAAAACUUUGGUAAAUUAUUGGAAGGGGGUAUACGACAUAAAAGUACAUUCAUCCAAAUGUUUGAAGCUGAUAUUUAGCAGUUGCUCAACUAUUAUGUGAUUCAUCAUGUUUGCUUUUCUUUGAGAUCAGAUCAGUAGUAGUAGGUUUGAUGAUGGAUCAUGGAUGCAAUCUUUUUCUGUUUAUCAUUACUUUUUCUUACCAUUUGAUC